CAGCUGACAGCAGUCAAAACUUGAUCCAGGGACUGCUAUUGUCCAGAAACGAAGAGGCAGCAAGUGGGAGCUCGAAAGGCACUGGCCUGACCGAUUUGGAAAUCAUUAGGAAUAUGCAUAUCUUCACCAUUGCAGGACACGAAACCAAGGCAACCUCUUUGCAAUUUACCCUGCUACUCUUGGCAUUACACCGGAUGUUCAAAACUGGUUAUACGAAGGUAUCGUCGAGGCGACCCGCGGCGAGCCUGAAGAUGUUGCUCAAUGGGAUUAUUAUCGCACGUUCCCUAAAGUUGACUAUACCGUUAUGCGUGAUGUUUUGUCCCAUCCUAGUCAUUUGGCACACUAUUCUAACCUCGAUACAGCUUGAGGCCCUCCGCCUAUAUCCCCGUGUAGUGACAGUACCUAAAAGCACGUCCGAAACCCAAGUCCCCUCAACUAUCAAGGCAAGCAGUACCUUUUACCGCUGCGAGUCAACGUCAACCUAAACACAAAUUGCCUCCAUUAUUCGGAAGCAUAUCGGGGCCGAGAUGUUGCAACAUUAUAUCCUCAAAGGUGGGAUGCAAGAAACCAGAACAGCUUUCUAGCAAAGAAUGCGUCGACACCAGGACUCGCUGCACCUGGUCUAGAGU